AUGUCUUGGUCUGCAAUGAUGAUCGCUGUCAUUGGAUAUUCCUUUGCUGGCACGGUCUGGAACGAGGAUGUGUGGUGGUGGUGGUGGUGUUGUGGGAGGUGGACACGAUAUUGUGCUAGCCCUUUAAAUGUAUGCAUGACGUGCCCUGCAACAGUCGCCAUUUCUCCUACGACAAUGAUAAGCACGGAAGCUACCAUUCACAUGUUCUGGAUCACGAUCUCGUCAAAUAUAAUAUUCGGGGGUGCACAUUUUCCCAUCGGAAAACAUACGUCUCGCUACAUCCUACCAUGGUUAAACACCCGUCGUGGUCUACAUCGAGGCCACAUUCAUCUUCCUCUUGUCGAAUUGGGAGUGCGAUAUAUCUCCAUAGCCGUUAACUCCACAAACCAGUGGCAGUGGCUAGAAGGGAUGAGCGGAGCACUAUGCCGACGAAACAAUGAGAAUGUCUUCAUGUCCAUCUCGGCUUGA